AUGACGACCAAGUAUCCAGCUACUAUGAGCUGUACCGAGGCUUUUGACCAGCUCAGCGCUUGCUACUCGGUCGGAGGCCAGUUCCGGAACUACUAUCGCUACGGCGAGUUUAAUGCGUGCAGCAAGCAAUUGGAAAAGUUCAAGUUCUGUAUUUUACACGGCACAGACCCGGUCAAGAUUCAGCAGUGGUACCGCGACCAGGCUGAGCUAAAUGCCAAGCACAGGGGAAGUUCGGACGACAUCUGGAAGGAGAGAGAAGCAUGA